UUGCAAAUUGUGCUGCAUGUUGACCGGUCACGGAGGUUACGUGAACAUUGUUGCAGUUUCGCCCGAUGGCUCUCUUUGUGCCAGUGGUGGCAAAGAUGGUCGAACUCCUUGAAACUCCAAACCGGGAAGGAAUGGCAGCGACAACUCCUCUCCUUCGCCUUCUCUCCCCUCUGCUCGCGAUAGCUUUUUUCCUCCUCCUAGGAAUCUCAGCCGUCGAUCUGACUGAUCCAAGCAGCAAUGGCACCGAUUUCAUCCGCUCAAGCUGCAGCACAACAUUAUAUCCUGACGUCUACUACACCUCGCUCUCCCGCUACGGCAGCGCCGUCCAACAGGACCCCGGCCAGCUGGUGUGCCUAGCCAUCGCCGUCAGCCUCUCCAACGCCCACCGCACAGCCGCCUACCUGUCAAACCUCUCGCGCGAAGCCGAAACCGGCACCGACCAGGGAGCCGCGGCCGUGCUGCAGGACUGCUUCACCACCUUCGGAGAUGCGGUCGACCAGAUGCGCUGUUCGAUCAACGAGAUGCGGCACAUCAACUCGUAGGAGACGUUCAAAUUCCAGAUGAGCAAUGUGCAGACGUGGAUGAGUGCCGCUCUGAUACCAUGAGAAACUAUAGUUGAAGGAAAAGUUUUCUUUCUAUCCCUGUUCCAGCAAACGAUCGCUGGGAAUUUAUAUACAGAGCAGAGUUCGGCUCACCACUAGGAAUGUAAUUACA